CAGAGAGUGAGCAGUAAAGGGAUCAUGUUCUGUGAGAAAGCUAUUGAGCUGAUUCGAGAGUUGCACCGUGCUUCGGAUGGGCAGCUUCCUGCCUUUAACGAGGAUGGAAUCAGGCAGGUCCUUGAAGAGAUGAAGGCUUUAUAUGAGCAGAACCAAGCUGAUGUAAAUGAAGCCAAGUCUGAAGGCCGUAGUGAUUUAAUACCAACAAUUAAGUUCCGGCACUGCUGCCUCCUAAGAAAUCGCCGCUGCAUUGUUGCAUAUCUAUAUGACCGCUUGCUUCGGAUACGUGCUCUGAGAUGGGAGUAUGGAAGUGUGCUUCCGAAUGCCUUGAGGUUCCACAUGUCUGCAGAAGAGAUGGACUGGUUCAAUCAAUACAAAAGGUCUUUAGCCACAUACAUGAGAUCUUUGGGUGGUGAAGAAGGCUUGGACAUUACCCAAGACAUGAAGCCUCCCAAAAGCUUAUACAUAGAGGUCCGUUGUUUAAGAGACUAUGGUGAAUUUGAAAUUGACGACGGCACCACAAUUCUACUAAAGAAAAACAGCCAGCAUUUUUUGCCACGAUGGAAAUGUGAGCAACUGAUCCGACAAGGGGUUCUAGAGCACGUACUGUCUUAAUCUGUAUUUGCAUUAAGGCACAAACUGCUUAUGCAAUGUUUCGAAUAUCUGUAAAUAUUUCAACCCUUAAAAAUGUAUUGUUUAAAAAUAUUUUAUAUUGCUUUAAUAAAAAAUUAGCAUAAAA